AGACUGACUUUCGGUGAAAGGAUGCGCCGGACGACCCACUUUCUCCACACGUGAUCAGGUCGGCGGCGGCGGACGACCUGUUGCCCCGCGAUGUUAACGGCACAGUCGCGCGACACGUGCGAAAGCAUUCACGGCCAUCAGUCAUUCUGCCAGCCAGUCGGCCAGCUAGCCAUUCAGCCAGCCAGGUACCUGUGACGGGGAAAACCAUGAGACUGAGAUGGUUCUCGUUACCGUUGGUCGUGUGCUUCAUGCUGGUACUGUGCCUGGCCCUGCUGACCGUCAACUUUUUCGAGCUCAACUGGAUACAGUACGAACACAACAAGUUCCAUCACGGCCGGGAACCGUACGACGCGGUAGUGACCCCGCAGCGGUCUGCGCCGUACCGCCGGAUCGCGGACGAACCGAAACGACCGUCGUACAUAGUUCUGGCUAAAAACGUGAGAAUCGCCAAUUUUGUUCAAAUAAAAUAUUAUAUCAGCACGAGUUACUAAAAUUAUUAUUAUUUUCUAUAACCGUGGGUGAAGCUAGUUUGCUGUUCGUUGGAACUGAAUAAAGUUUAAAGGCGACUUUAGUUACUUUAAACUUGACCAGCUUCAAUAGUUUAAUUUAUAGAUAACAAUUCGAUGCUUUGUAUUAUGCUUAAUAUUCUAGUCUAACGCGAAAAAGCGACUAUAGGCAAAUCGUUUUUUUUUUGAUUUUCAGAAUUUUUAUUUCAAAUUUGAUGGUAAUGUUGAUGAUUUUGCUAUCAAUGCAACAUAAUGUUAAGCAAAACGCGAUAAACUAAUGCAAGGUACUAUCCCUGCACACAAAUAAAUUCUAAGUUUUUAUAAUUCAAGUUACUAUUUUUACCUAAGAAUUUGCUUACUCCGGUUAUUCUACUAGUAUAUCUAGUUUAUAAUUAAAAAAAAAAAAAAAAAAAAAAGUUCCAAACUAAAAUUAUUGGUUUCUUUUUUUUAUAACCAAUAAAGUAAUACUGAUUUUAACGUUAAUACAUUUCUGUGACUUAUCCAGUUUUGCUAUAUGUACAAAAAUAAUAAUACAUAUAAUUCAAAUUAAAAUAUUUAGUGAUUUAGUUCAUUUAUCAUUAGUGUAUUAACUAAAACAACAAAAAGAAAAUUUGUUCGUGUGAUAAUUUUUAGUUUUAAAAAAACUUUACGAUUUAAAUAUAUAAUUUUAUUUAUAAACUAUAAAAAUUCAAAAUUUUAUGAUGCUACAAUACUUUUUAGUCUACAGGUACCUAUUUAAAAAAGCGUAAAAUCUUUAAACUAGUUUUUCUCAUUUGUGUUUUUAAGUUAUUACACUUCCGUUAUGAUAUUGCAAUACCUAUAUUAUCUUAUUUGUUUGUGACUAUAUUGUCUGUAUACUUUAAUUAUUAUAAUACUAAGAUGUCAAUUUAGUGGUACCUACAUUUAGUAAAAUAAACUCAUGCAGUGUUCAUUAUUUUAUUAUAUAAGUUAAACCACGUGCUCGAAUUGGGAAAAACGCAGAUCUCUUUCACGUUUUUUUUUUUAAGAGUCCUCUUAUAGUAAUUAUUUCUGUUGAGACGAAAUGACGGUACAUAUAUUUUUAUAAACAAUGAUAUUUUCAACAAAAAUGUAUUACCAACUCAGAUACAAUAUGUAUUAUAUAAUGGAAAUAGUUUUCGCUAAUAAAUCAGUAAUAUUAUCGCUCAGUAUACGAUUAUGAUAACAAUCAUUUUUAUAUUUUUUUGUAUUGUACUUUUGCCCUGUGUGUUAAUAAAAUAAUUUAUUUAACUAAAAUCUAAAUACUGUUAUGGUUUUAAACAAAAACAAGAAAUGGUUAAAAAAAAAAAAAACAUUAAAUAAGAACAAAUUUAAUAUUUAUUUAAGAUAAUAUACUUGUAGUACAGGUUCAUAAAAAAUAUAUAUGCAAUAACGUAGACUUCAGGAGUAACUAUUAUUGCAUGGUUCUAUUAUUAUUAUUUUUUUUAAUAUACAUAUAUAAAUAAUUACAUUUCUUUUUCAACAUUAGUGUUGGGGAAAGCCCUCACAUGUUAGUUUGAGUUCAAUAAUGGAAAGGGACGUUUUUUAUUUUUUAAGUUAUACAUUUUACAGUUCGAACUCUAAAAUUAAGAUUUCUGAAUUACAUUUUGUUGGUAAUAGUCAAAAAAUAAAUUAAAAAAUUAGACGUAUUAUUCGGUAUUAAGGAUACUAGUACCUAUUGAACUGGGCAACAAGUGUUUUAUGAAUCUGUCAAUAUGUCGUAUAUGUAGUAAUAAUUCAAUAUAUUGAAAAAUGUCAACUAUACUUUUUUGAAUUAAAAACUAUAGGUAUCAACUUGCAUAACAAUUAUUGCAAACGCUUGUAGGUAAACGUAUUUAAUGUAUUAAAAUAAAGAAUACCUUAGUACAAGAUAAUGUAAUAUAAGUCACGACAACGAACAACAGUAGUGCUGAUACAAAGAAGUACCUAUAUUAUAUAAUGAAUGCCGUCAAUACUUUACGAAACCAAUUUAUUAUCCUCUUUAAAAAAAAAAAAUUAGAAUACUAGAAUAAUAAAUUUCAAUACUUCUUUUAUUAUGAAAGAAACCAAGUUUCGUCAGCAUACCUAUCUAUAAAUAAACGAUAAUCUUUAAUAAAUAUUAUUGCGUUUAUUAUUUAUAUAGUAUUCGGUAUUUUUUCAAAAUUUUGCAAAACUUCAAAAAAAAAAAAAAAAAAAAUAAUAAUAGCUUUAAAAUAAUUUAAUUAUACUUUAUAUUUUAUAACUCUAAUAUUCAAAUAUGAGUACUAUGAUAUUUAUUAUUUCGGUUAUUAUUACUAUGUCAAAAUAUUAUAAUGUAUUAAAACUAUUUGUAUAUAUAUAAUGUUUUGGACUUUUUUUUCCGGAUAUUUUCCUCUGGAAAUUUUUAGGAAAUAUAUUAAGUAAGUACUUGAAAUAAUAUAAUUAUGUAAUAUUCAAUAUUUACAGUGAAAAAUCCAACUAAAUUUAUUGCAAUAUCAAUACAUCUACAACUUCAUUAUUCGUAACCAACAUAUUUCUGUGUAUAUUGAGGAAAAUUGAUCCAUUUAAUAUGUUUUCUGAGUUUGUGUUUCUAAAACUAUGAACUUAUAAUUUAUAAACAAUAAACAAAAAAUUAAAAUAGACUUUAUUUAUUUUAAACAUUCAUAGUUUAUACGAUCCAAGAGGAGAGAGGCCGAAUCUGUCAAUCUUCUUGGUUGUGCCACUGGUUCUAGGUAAAUAUUACUAGAUAUAUCUUCGUUAUCACAAGUUACUGUUCAGGAUAGUUGAAUGGUACCUUGAAUAUUUUUUGAAUUUUAAUCGAGUUUUCCUAAAUUUUUUUUAAAGUUCCAUUUAUAAAUAUAAAAUUAGUUGAUGUUUAUUUCACUUAAAAUAUGAUUAAAAUAUUAUCUAUGAAAUUUCUUUAUAAAUAUCGGAAGUCAUAUAUAUAUAUAUAUAUAUAUAUAUAUAUUUAUUUAUUUAUUAAUACGGACAAAAGUCCAAUUCACAAUAUAUUUGUAUAGAUAACAAUAAAAUAUAACUUAUAUAAAUUAUAAAUUUAUAUAAUUUAAAAUAAUAAAAUAUAACAUAAUAAAAAAAUGAAAAGAUUAAUAUAUCAAAUAAUAGUAAUAAUAAUAAUGAUAAUGAUAAUAAUAAUAUUAAUAAUAAUAAUAAUAAAAAUACAUUCAAUAUUUAAUAAAAUAAUUAACUAUUUCCCGAAGACAUUAAAAUAUGUAUGGGGUCAUAUGACGUAAACUUUUUAGAUGAAUGAGGAAUAUAAAUAAAUGAUUGUUACGAGUGUGGUGGCUAUUAACUUUGAAAUUUAAUUGACUUAAUAUAAAUGAAUAUAGUGAGGUAUAAAAGCAUUUGAGAGCAAGUGGAUCACGAAAAUCGGAGCAGUUUCUUUUUAUCAUACCAAAUACAGAUAAAGCUUUAUUUUUAAUCGCUGAUACAUGAUCAUUGAAUAAUAGUUUGGAAUCAAAUAAAAUCCCUAAAUUUUUAAAUAAUGACGAACGAUGUAGGUUAAUGUCACAUAUAUGAUAAUUAAAAUGUAAGGGAUUGUGCUUUUUGGAAUAGGUAACAAUUUGGCAUUUAUUAAUAUUUAAUGAAAGACUAUUUGAAAUGCACCAUUCGUUAAAUGAAGCUAAAUCACUUCGAAGGAGUUUAAUAUCAUCGGGGGAAGUAAUAGAUUUGUAAAUUUUUGCAUCGUCGGCAAAUAAUAAAAUGUUGGAGUGUGAAAUGGAUGAUACAGCAUCAUUUAUAAAUAAAUUAAAAAGGAGAGGGGAAAGGUGAUCGCCUUGAGGGACACCAGAAAUUACGUUUAUCGGUGUCGAUAUAAAGUUUUUAUAUUUGAAAAAUUGGAUUCUUUGACUUAGGAAUGAGUUAAACCAUGAUAAUAGGGUUUAGAAACAUACUAGUUUCUAGUUUUAAUUGAAAUUAUUUUACUGAGAUUUAUUCUAGUAUCGUCUCUAUGAAUUCGACCAUUUUAUUUAUUUUUUUUGGUCCAGUGAUUCACAUAUAGACUAAUUUUAUGUAAAAUGCAUGCUGAUUUCUGGUUCCGUUUUCAGGCCGACGCCGGGCACUUGGUUCAUGUCUUCGAUGUGUUUAACAUUUAUGGUUACAUUAGACGACCGUUCGACCAAAAGGUCAAUUGGGACGUGAUAUGGGCUCACGAAUAUCCGUUCAAAACUUACGCCGACAAGAUCACGUUCUCCAAUUUAAAGCCACAUCAAAAAGUAAGUGAUCCCCAUAAUAAUACCUACCUAGAUAUUACAAAUGCCUAGGUAAAUUAAAAUACAUAGGUAUUUUCGAACGAGUAAAUAUUUUUGUAGAUAAAUAUACGAACGUGUAAACAGUUUGAUAAUUUCCCGUAUUUUUCCCAAAUCCUUUUGCCUAGUUGUAAUUUCCUGAAAGAUAAAUUUAUUGAAUAUGGACGAAAAAACUAACGAAAAUCAGAUAUAUAAGUAGCGUUUAAACCCGAUAUUGGAGAUUAAAAUUUGGAAGUUAAAGCUCAAUAAUACAUGAAAAAAAAAAAAUUAUUAAAAUUAACAAAAACUCAGUUAAUAAUCUAAAUAAGCAUAGAAAACCUAAAGAAAUUUUAAUUUUGGAUUUUCGUUUAAAUUUAAUUUCAAAAUGUUUAUAAAAAGGAAAUAAAUCUUUCGGUGAUUUUUUAAAUUUUACUACGUCUAGGUAAGUCUAAUAUUAGUGUUAUUACCAAGUUUCAAGUCUACGUGAAUUUAUAACCGAAUUACAAAGCAAAAACUCUCAAAAAUUUAAAUUCCUUUAAAGCUCAAAAGUUUUGGCAAUGAUACCGUAAGGAAGUAAAUCAAAAAGGCAACAAAAAAGGUAUCUUGUGAUUUUUCGACAAAAUCAUUUUUAUGGUAGUAGACGACAUUCGUGUUUUUAUAAAAUAAUGAAAUCCUGAAAUUGUACGUUUUUCUACGCUUUUUCUCACUUACGUGCUUUUAUUUAAAAAAUAGUGUCGAUAAUAAAAAGACGACAUUUUAAAGUAUAAUCUAGACAACUUGAGCUUUAAGAAAGGUAAAAAUCGUAAACACGUAAAAAUCGAACUAAUUUUACUAGGAAAAACCGUGCUCACAGACUAGAAGAAAAAUAGAAAGAAAUAAAUAAAGAAAAAAAAAACAACUUAGUAAUACCAAUAGUUCCCUCGCUACACUCGGAAUCUAAUAGUGUUUUAAAAACUCAAAAUAGCAUUAAAAAAAAAAAAUGCCUAAAAAUCAAAAUAAAAUGUAUGGAACAAAUUUAUAGUUGACGUAACUUCAUAUAAUAGACCGAUAGAAAAAAUGGAAAUGCUUACAUUUUGUGUGAAAUGUUUUAAACUUGUGUAUUUGUAAACAAUUUUUGAAAUUUUGAAAUUUAUGUUUACUGAAUAAUAAUAAUUUAUAUGAAUAAUAAUUUUUUUUCACUACUUUAAGUAUACCAUUGACCAUCGGGAAAUCGAUAUUCGAGCAUAAUGGAAUUCCGGAAAUUUUAUUCAUGUAAAAGGUCGGGAACUUGCAACGAUAUAAAGAAAGUAACAUACUAAAAUACAUUUAAACAUCGUUUACUAUUUUUGGACAAAUUUCGUGACUAGACGUAAUACAUCGGUAAAUACGAAUAAAAUAUUUACUCGUGAUAAUGAAAUAACGGGACCGUUUGAACAUUUAUUUGAAAGCGAAUAUUUUCACGUUGACAGUAAUUUUCAUUUUUUCUCCAAAAUUAUAUUAUUUACAAGCGUUGAUAGAUUUUUUUUUGGAAAUCAUUUUGGUACCUAUACCUAUCUAAAUGCUUUUAUCUAAACUAAAAUAUGUACAUGUAUUCUUUAAAGGUCAAUCAUUUUCCCGGUAUAGGUUUUAUAACCAAUAAAAUCGACUUGGCCACAUCGAAAAUAAGCUACGUACCGCCGGCUUUCAGCAUGCCGUCAGAAAAAGCAAAAUUUUUCGCAUUCGUAAGUUAUAAUAAUAAUUGAUUAAUUUAUUUACUUGUUGGGCUUAUUUCGCUUGUUUAUCACUACAAUAUAUUCAACAACUUUUUAAUAACCAUAAUUAUAGCAGUAAUUAUAUCUCAUAUUAUACCUUGUAUAAUUUUAUUUAAAAUUUAAUUUAAUUAAAUGCCGUCUAAACUCUACACCAUGUAAUAGUUAUUAUUAUUAUUAUAAAUAUUAUGCGUACUUUCUAUAGUGUGUAAUUGGUUUUAUAAUAAACUUUAUUUAAUAUUUUGAGUUUUUAACCCUCAACCUGGAGCCCGGGGAUAAGAGAGUUCACGAUACCCAGCACAAUAAUAACUUAGUGCUCCGGGAGCAUUAUUUGCUCUCCUGAGAUAAUGAGUAAAUUGAUAACAUAAUAAAGUAUGAAGGAAAAUAUAUGGACUCACUAUUGACCAAGCCACGGGAAACUGACUAAGGAUGUUUGACACAGAGCUGUACGGUGGAACUGGUACCAUUGACAAAUAACAAUUACAAUAAGCUCCUAUACGGAAUCUUCUCUUUAUACUGGACAAAGGGUACAAUGGUUAAAUAAGGCCACGUAAUGGGGUGAGGGAAAAGCGAAAUAAUUGUGGCAGCAAUGAAACGUGUGCCCCGAAAACGAUGCAGGCAAAUAUGGUCAAAUUUUGGGAGUUGUAAACUGGAAUGAGGUAUAGUUUGAGAUACAGAUAAAGUGGAUACAUGGUGACGAAGCAUAAUUAUAGCGGCCAAAACUCAUAGAGAGUAAGUAUGCCUGCAGUAGAAAAAAAUACGACUUUCCAUCACAUACAUUAUUUUAAAUAUUUAUAUAUUCAAAAAAAUUAGGUUAUUCAGUUUUAAAUUAAAAUACACCUAUUAUUAGCUAAUUAUUAUAAUAAUAUAAUCUCGAAUUGUUUUCGUAAUUGCCGUGUCGAAUAAAAUACGAAAUAAUUUAUAAUCCUACAUAUUCUUAUGUUGUAUUGUUCAAGGCCGAAAAAUAUCCUCACAAACGGUUCGUUCAAAAGCAAAAUAAUCACAGAGGCAUUAAAAUCAAAACGUUGAAAGAAUUAGACUUGAACUCGACUGGAACGUUUAUCCAAGAAUAUAUCGACAACCCUUUACUGAUAGACGGAUACAAAUUCGAUAUUGGAGUGUAUACAAUCAUCACGUCGAUAGAUCCUCUUAGAGUUUACAUGUACAACGGAGACAUUUUAUUUAGGUAUUUAUAUAUAUUUAGGUUAUAUAUUGUGUUAUUUAAAAUAUUAAUGUAUACCUAUACGGGGUUUGUACGUAUUACGUUAGAAUUGCUACUAUAAUUUUUUUUAAACGACUAUUUAUAAUUAUAUAUGUAUGUAGGUAGGUAUGUAUGGUUUUGUUUGUUUUUUUUUUCUGUUAAAUACAGAUAAUGUAUAUAAUUGGUAUUUAGGUACAUUUAAAAAAUAGACAGAUGACAGCACAAACUUCAAUAGCAAAAUAUAAAACUGAUUCCGAGUAGAACUUUGUCAAACAUUUUUCAUAUUCUGAAUGAAGCGGGAAAUGUAUAAGUUGUACAAUAAUAUUUAUUUUUUAUUUUAUUUUAAAACCGGAAAAAAAUUAGGAUAAACGUAGGGAUGAAAAUGGACAAAUUAAUAUUUACGACGGAACCGUUUCAUAAUUUUACAUUUUUCCAGCUUGUUUUCUCCUAGAAAUAUUGUUUAAAUCAAAAAAUGCCGGGAGACAUUUUUUUUUUGAACUUCGGAUCUAAAUGCUCACGGAGAAAGUCGUUUUCACAAAAACUAGGAACACCGAAAAAGAUUAAAAAUGAAAAACGAACAAAUUUACGGGAUUUCAAUUAUUAAUAUUUUUAUUAUUACUAAUCAAUAUUUUCAUUUUUUUCGCUUUAUGUUACCAGAAAUAUUACUCCAAUAAAAAAACAACAAGAGAUCAUUGUUAUUACAUUUUUAAUCUAGUUGUUUAAUAAGAAAGUCAUUUUCGAUUUUCUGUGUAGUUUUUUUAACAAUUGAAUAAAACCGGAAAAAAACGUAAACAAAUGUUUAAAAAAAAAAAAGAAUAAUUUACGAAAAUUGAAAAUGCUUUUAUUAUUUUCAAUUUUGUUUUUUUCUUGUGAUUCAAUUAAAAAUAUUCGCAGAGUCUGAAAUUUGGACUGAAAACUUUGCUUUUUCCGGCGUGGUAAAUGUUCAAAAUAUUUGAGCUAUUUAUAGACAUUUUAAUAUUUUACUGAGCAAAACAACAUAAUGUCUUAUAAAUAGAACAAAUAAAAAAUUCAAACAUUUCAAUUAUUAUAUAACAUAUUUUUAUUAUUAUUUCUGAUUUUCCUGAAUGGAGUAAGUAAUCUUCAUACUAUAGAUUUCUUUCUCCAACAAUAGUUGGUGUAUUGAAAUGGUUAUUUUUAGAUUAUCUUUAAUAAAUUGAAAAAAUUAUCAAUUUAUUUUUUUAUUUUUUUAAUUUCUGAGUUAUUUUUGCAACAAUGAAAGAAACCUGACUUAAACUCUGUUUAAAUUUGUUUUUCAUUGGCAAUGAUUUAUUGUUGCUUACAGAUAUAAAUUGAAUUAUUUUAUUUAUCCUCCCUUCUAAUUUUAAUUCUAAAACAAUGGCACAUAGAAAUUUUUAUAUGCAAUAAUAAUGUGAAUAACAAAUUUUAAAUUCAAAAUUAAUUUAAUAUAAUAAUCAUAAAUUGUAAAGAAAUAACGAAAUUUAUUAGUUUUAUUUUAUUUAGAUAGGUAGGUAUUUUAUUACAUAAAAUAAUAUGCAACAAAUUAUAAAUUAAUAAAAUUAUAAUAUUAUACGUAUUAAGGUUAAUUAUUAAAAAAAAAAAAAACAACCUAAACAAUUAUAUUCUUGACAUAUCUAUAUAAAUAUAUGAGGAUCUUGGUGCAAUAAACAGACGAAUUGAUUUGUCUUCAAAAAUAUACUUUUUGACGGUAGUAAAAAUUCCCGAAAAGUAUAACGAAUCCAAUAGAUAUAAGUAUUUAAUGGAAAUUUUCGCGGUUAACUUAUUUUAGAUCAGUUUUGGUACAAUAAUAAAAAAACAAUACAUAUUAAAUCAUCCAAGACCUAUGUUUCCGAAAAAAAUUUGGUGCAUUGAUUAGCUGGAACAAAAAGAGGUUUUUGCUCCAGAACAAUUUCAAAAAUUCACGUGUGGAGUUAUCCGCAGGGAUAACUUCAUAGAAUUAGAGCUACUCCAAGGUCUUUAAUAUAGUUACUAAAUAAUUAUAUUUAUAUUUAUUUAUUAUAAAUUAAUAAACUAAACCACAUAAGUCAGAAACUGUAAUAAAAUCAACAUCAAAAUUGUCUCUAAAAUAUAAAUAUGAGUAUAAUAUAGGCAACUAUUUCAUGAUAUGACAAUAUUAUAUUUUAUCUAUAUAAAUAAUACUGAAAGCUUAUUUAAAAAUAAAUUAUAGAACUAUUGAAUACAGAUAUAUAAAUUAAAUGUCAGGCUCUUUGUGCUUAUGACUGGAGGUAAUAUUAUUAUAUAUGUUUACUUUUAUAAUUUAUUCAUUAAUACAAUAAAAUAUAUACAUAAAUUGUAUAGUAGAUAACAUACAAGUUUAUAAAUCACAGUAUUACAGUAAUGAAAAAGCUUAAAUAAAAUAUAUUCACUUUAUCUUGUAUGUAUAUUAUAAUAUAUUAUAAUAUAUUUUACAUAUAAAAUAUAACAAUAAUAUCAUACCCUGUUUAUUUAUAUUAUAUUAUAUAGUAUAAUAAUAAAAAAAAAUAAAUACUUUAUUAGAAUACAAAAAAAUUAAAAAAAAAAAAAAAAAUAGUAAAUCAAUAUUGUAAUAUUUAUAAUAACAUAUCUAAUCAGAAUAUAAUAUAAUAUAGUUAUGAAAAUAAUAAUAUUAAUACAAAUUGUAACUUAAAUUUAUACACUGUGUAGUGUGUAUGGUGUGUUUAAAAACUAGCAUACAUUUUGCAAUAAAUAAUACAAUAUGGAAUGAUAAAAAAAAAAAAAAAAAUAGAUCAAACGUUAAAUUAUUUUUUUUUAUUUUUUUUUAGGACUUUUUGUAUACUUAUGCUAACACAUUUUAAUUUCACAAAAUAACAUAUCCGUACUUAUAAUAAUAUUAUUCAGGAGUUCCAUUUGAAAGGCCAUUGGCCUGACGUAUAGUGGAAAGAGGUAAAUUGUAGGCCUUAUAAAAAGUUUGAACUCCCAUUUUAAGAAACUAAAAAGUAGCCCUUGAUACUAUUAUCUUGCGAAUCACUUUCCAUCUACGUUUUGAUGUUUACACUCAUCAUCAUAUAUGAUUUGAAUGGACUUCUAGAUUUUGCCCGGAAAAAUAUGAACCGUUCGACCCGAACAACAUUGACAAAUACGUAAUAGGUGAUGAUUAUUUGCCCACGUGGAAAGUACCCUCUUUGAAAAAAUAUUACGUUCAUCAAAACGCUACGAUGAAAGCGUCAGUCGAAUCACACUUGAAAACGUUAGGUGAAUAUUAAAAUAAUAAUAAUACGCCAUCAAUAUUCUACGAGAAUUUAAAAAUCCACAUUAUUAUUAUACCCGUAAUGAUCAUAGACAUAAUAUAGUAUAUUAGAUUGUAACAUGCUGCAGGAAAAGACGCCACGAAAAUAUGGAAACAGUUAGAGGACGCCAUACGGGUCGUGUGUUUGGAAAAAGAAUGGAAGAUCAUAAAUCUGAUGAAAAAUUACAAGUCGAAAACGAAUUUUUUCGAAAUGGCACGAUUCGAUUUUGUCGUGGACGAUAAUCUAAAUGUAUACAUAAUGGAGGUGAGAUUAUACAAGUAUUAUUUGAUACAAAUAUUGUUGAUAAUCAUUACGGAUUAUUUUAAGAUGAUGCCAUACCCGUAUGUAAUGUCUCCAUCUUACUAACUCACGACAUUACGCUAUGUUAUAUCUAAACCUACUUGAAAUAUGAAUUGUGACGUUCAGGUUGAAAUUAGAGUUUAAAUACAAAUGACAAACUUUAAAGACGAGGAUAUUUCUGAGAAUUAACGUAUUUUUUUCUGAAAAGUUAUCAUACUAUUAAAAGUUACAGCUAUUUAAAUAAAAACAAAAACUAAUAUAACUGGAUUUUUUUUUAUGUACAACAAUUUUUUAGAAACAAGUUAUGCAGUACAGCCUUCGAAAUAUUCUUCUUCAAAUUAAAUUGUGUUAUUUGAUUUUAAACUCUAAUUUCAUCCUAAACGUUACAAAUAACGUAAUUUUGUUAUAAAUUAGUAAAAGCCCGUAAAUUAGACUGAGACAAUAAAUGUAUGUAUAGCACUCUUUAUACGUUUCAAAUGAGUUACUUAAUUUGGUUUUUUUUUCAGGUCAACAUGUCGCCGAAUUUAUCGUCAGCUCAUUACCCGCAAAACCGUUUGAUUUACGAACAAGUACUGUUCAAUUUGUUCGCUAUUGUCGGACUAACUCAUUUCGAACGGUUAGAUUACAAAUAUUACUCUUAUUAUAAUUUAAAUAUUAUAAAUUGGUAUUAAUAUCUAUAUUACUAUAAUCAUAAAUAUUAUAAAUUAUAAUACCUAUACUAGCAGUACUAUAAUAUAUUAAACAAUUGAACGCAGCAAUAAGUAUACACAAAUCGUAACUUUUAGAAACAACAACAUUUUAACGUAUUAUAAUUAUACCUAUUUUUUAUUAGGAAAAGUAUAGUAUAGGAAAAAAGAAGUAAGCAAAUUGCUUCGUAAUCCAACGAGUUAUUAAUUAUGCUAUACCUAUAAAUACAUUUUUUUUUAUUUUAUAAAAUUAUAAUUUAAUAUUCGAUAAAAUAUUUAAUGUUUAAAUUUAUGUACCCAUGAAUUUAGAGAAUAUAAGGAUAAAUUACGUGCUUGAGCAUUUAAUUAUUGAGCAUGUAAUUCUCAAUCUUUUGGAGUUGCGGCCCCCAUAUCUCGUCAAGACUUAUUAUUAUAGGGAUUAUUAAAAAUAUGUUUGAUAUUAUGAUUAGUUAUCAAUGAUUAUAACUAUUCUUAUUAUUAUAAAUCUAAAAUAACGUUACAAAUAAUAUAAUAGGUACAAUGUUAUUAUUGUACAAAUUUACAAUAAUACAGUUAAUAAUCUACGGUUUUUAACAUAAACAUAAUCAAAGGUGAUAAAAAACUAAAAUAAUUAAAACAAAAUUAUGUUACAUAAGUUGGGAUCCUAAAUAAUUUGUUUUGUUAGGGACCCCGUCGUUGAGAAAUACUGAACUAGUGGAAUUUUCUAGAAACGCAACACAUAUUACAUUGGAUGUAAUCAAGAGUAGAAAAUUACAGUGGGAAUUGACGCGCUUGAGGCUUAAUGAAGACAGAAACCACAUUUAGUUUUUAUAAUAUAGGAAUUCGAGAACCAGAAAGAAAAUACUGGGAAUUAAGAGCAGCUGAUGGGGAGGCUGGAUGGAUGUGAGGCGAGUGAUGAUCCUAGUGGACGAAAAUCCCGAGGAGAGGUCUAAGAAAAUAUUUUCGAGAACGUAUUAUUUAUUAUUUUUAUUUCUUUUAUCAUUUUUCAUUUCAAUUGUGUGAGCUGAAGAAAUACUGUAUUCCGUAGUGGAAAUGUUUUUAAAGAAAAACAUACCUGUAUAAACUAUAUUUACUUUUUAUUUUAAUGCAAUCAUUGUAUUAUAAUCAGGUGAACUCAUGGGUAUUAAUAUUUAUUGCGAGGCACACUUAAGAAUAAAUGCAUACGUAGUAUUAUUAUUUUUUAUUAUUAUCAUAUAUUCGUAUAGGUAAUAUAUAGAGUAGGGGUUACGAUUUCACGUGUACCUAAAUACACGGGUACACGUGUAAUUAUGAAACCCGUGUAUUUAAAAGUGCACGUAUAUUUAAUAAUUGUCAUGUAUAUUAUGUAUGUUCCAGUACUUUUUAUAUUCCAAUAUUUAGUUUUAAAAAAUAAAUGCUGGACACUGAAGACGAGUGGGCCACUGUUGCAGGUAUUAUUAAAUACACGGACAGUAAUAAAUAUACGGAUUAAUGCACGUGUAUUUAAAUAACCGUCUACCCGUGUAUCCGUUUACAUUUUAAAUAACCGUAGGAAAUUUUAAGCCCUAAUACAGAGCGUAUCUUCAAAGUUUGGCCCUGUGUAAUAUUAUUAUACGAAUAACAAAAUUAAUAUUAUAUUAGAUAUAGUUUGUAAAAAUAGUAAUAAUAUGUAUCCGUGUUAUUUAAAUUAAAAUCAAAUCGGGUAGGAAAAUAAAAAAAAAUUGCAUAUAUAUUGUUAUAUAGACGGAACACUUCGAGUGAUAAAAUAUUAAAACAAUUAUGGAUUAACAUUAGCCUAACCUACUGAUUAUAAGUUAUUAAAUUAUCAACAAAAAUAAAUAAAUAUAAAAAAUACUAAAUGGGUCUUAAUAAUCGAAUGAGGUUAAAAAUUAAAACAAAAUAAUUAUAAUAAUAAUUUAAUUUAAAAACAAUUUUUCGAUGAGUAUAAUAAUUAUAUAACAAUAUAGUUAUACAAAUUAUUCAAUUUUUUGACCCGUAUAAUUCAACUAUAUUAUUUGGUAUCACGCUUUUUAUUAUUUUUAAUAAAUUUAGUAAAGACGACAGCGUUAAAAUGGCCGUAUCUGGGAAAAAUAUCGUAGCGUAUCCGAAAAAGUGUGCCGAAAUGAACUGCGAUUCGUGUGAUAAUUCUGAUGACUGUCUGCUAUGCACACCGUGUAUGAACACAAAUAUGAUCGUUCAACUAACAAACGCCUACCGAGAACAUAUCGACCGCCACGAUUGCAAACGAGUAUUCCCGCCAAAAUUUGUAAGUAUUAUAACACUAUAUAUUUUUAGUUAUAUAAUUGAGUAUUUUUGUUUUUAAUGAGGUUUUCUGUGUCCGAAUGGACCCCAUGUAGAGUAACACUAAUGCUUAUUGUGUAUAUCUACUAGAAAAUAAAUAAUAAACAAAUAAUUGAAUUAGUAGAUUUUGUAACAGAACAUUUCGUUUUAUGUAGAAAAUACUACUGACGACAUUACUGGUGGGGGGAGAGAGAUAACUGGGUAAUGUCCAUGAUAUAAGGCGAAGGUUUUUAUCAAUCUGCUCGUGGAAAGUUUUUAAUAGACAAAGAAUGGACACAUAGUGAAUAUUCACUUAAAUAUAUUCCGCUAAAUAAUUGUGACAUCAACACCCAUCAGCGUAGACAUCUAAUCCUUUCUUGUUUUUAAAUAACACAGAUGCCUUUUGUUGACAACCAUUGAAUUAGCUUUCGAUAUUUGAUAUAAAAUCUCGACCCUCGAGGAAAUAUAGUUCAGAAGAUACACAAACUCGGGGGAAUCUUUUAACUCGAAAUUUAAUUCCCAUUGUAUACAUCACGUCCUAAUAUGUUCAUAGAUGUAUACGGUGUUCAAGUUUAAAUCAGUGAAAUUAAUACUAGAAACUCUUAUAAUAUAAUAUAGAAAAUCCAUCGCACGAAAAUUAGCUUUACAAACAAACGCAUAAUAUUAUAAUAUUGGCGUGUAAUAUUUAGAUUUCAAUUUUCAAUUUAUAAAAAUUUAAGCCAACAAACAUAUUUAUGAAUUACAUGUUAAGGGAGCUGAUUCAAUAGUUUCAAAUCUUGGAAUCAUUAUGAUAUUAUACAUUUAAAAAAAAUAUUGACUGUCUAAUUUUUGAAGAUUAAUUUCAUUCAAAAUGUCGUAAUUAUUUCGCUUUCGCAUAUACACAGCAAUUAUAGAUACCUAUAUAAUGGCUAGGUAUGUUUGUAUUAGAUUCUAUGAUCAAUAACGUUAUUAUAAUAAAUUUCUAGUUUUUGAUAAACAAGUAAUUAUUAUUAUUAUAAUAUAGGUAUAUUAUAAAACCGUAUAUUAAAAAAAAAAAAAUGUUUUUCUUCUUUCAUGUUAUAAAUACAUUUUUCAAUGAAAAUGAUUACGACAUCAGUGAUGGUUACUAAUGAAAAAAAAAAAAUAUAUGCUACGUAGAUUAUCGAAAUGCACCAGUUAGCUAUCUAGCUAUCUAUAUGGCUUAUAGAGAACUAUAAUAGAUAAAUGCCUGAAAAACACCUACUAAAUUGUUGUUAAAUUACUAUAUUUCAGAAUCCGAAUGACAUUUUGAACAGUUCCAUGGACCUCAAAGAUCAUUAUAGUUUGAACACGCGUUUGAUGUAUAAAUGGUUCAGAGGAAAAUGUAUCGCGGACAUGGAAUGGUGUUAAUGUAUGAAAAAAAGUCCCAUUAUAAGUAAUUAUUUGUACUGAAGCUAGUAUGUUUGAACAUUAUUAUUCAUGUCAAACUAUCAAAAUCAAAGCCAUAUUACUGUAUAAAAUUGUUUACUGUGUAUACCUAUAUUUUUGGUCUUAAGAAAGUGGGGCGAAAGUCGAUUUUUUAUAGUAUUCCAUACAAUAUAAACUCGCACACUCAUUUUGAAAGUACAUCAAUAAAAAACAUAACCCAUGCAGUUUAAAUAAAAAAAAAAAAUUAAAUUACAGCUACUAUUUAUUAUUUAGCACUCCGUCUUCGAGACCA